AUGGAUAGCGACGAUGAUGGAAAAAUACAAAUCGAAGUGCCAACAGUACCUAUUCGAGGUCGAAUGGGGCGGCGAUUCACGCUAAAUCCACUCAUAUUUGCGAAAGAGGAACGAGAAGCACGGAGACAAUCACUCGCUCAAUUGAAACUUAGCUACUAUCCAAAACAUAUGAACCCCGCAUCGUAUGAUGCCGGUUUGGGAUUCUGUGGAUGGAUGUUUAUGUUCAUCUCAUGGUUUUGUGUGCUGGCAUCGUUUCCGAUUUCAAUAUGUUUCUGUUUAAAAGUGGUUCAAGAAUACGAAAGAGCGGUUAUUUUUCGCCUUGGAAGAUUGAUAGGAGGUGGUUCAAAGGGCCCAGGGAUAUUUUUCGUACUACCUUGCAUCGAAUCGUACACAAAAGUUGACCUACGCACAGUGUCUUUCAACGUACCACCACAAGAGAUUCUCACAAAGGAUUCCGUUACAACGUCGGUGGAUGCCGUUGUCUAUUACCGUGUAUCGAACGCUACCGUUAGUGUUGCAAACGUUGAAAACGCACAUCACUCCACGAGAUUGCUUGCACAAACGACACUUCGUAAUAUGCUGGGAACGAGAAGUUUAGCUGAAAUUCUCUCCGAUCGCGAUGCAAUUGCCAUAUCAAUGCAAGCUAUGCUCGACGAAGCUACAGAGAGUUGGGGCAUCAAGGUAGAGCGUGUGGAAAUGUGGGUAGCUACUAAAGAUGUGCGAUUGCCAGUGCAACUUCAAAGAGCGAUGGCUGCAGAGGCCGAGGCGACAAGGGAAGCUCGCGCGAAGGUGAUCGCAGCUGAAGGUGAACAAAAAGCAUCCAGAUCGCUUCGUGAAGCCGCCACUGUGAUCGCAUCGUCACCGGCUGCACUGCAGCUACGCUAUCUGCAAACACUAAACAGUGUAGCGUAA